GGACAUACUACCCAAUGUGCCCCCCUCCUCCUGUAACAUUUGUCCCAGUUCUUCUGCAUGCCAUCUGCGGGGGUGGUCCUUCUUCUGUCGUAGUGGAGGGAGAUGAUCCAACCACCCGAGCAUGAGCAUGUUCUCUGCCAUGAUCGCAACUCUAUGCGUCAACCAUUCAGAUUUACGGGAACCGCCCUCACCUCCUCCAGACCUCUCCGAUCUAGCAUUCAAUGAACGAUACCUUUAUGGGUUCCCCAUCCCUCAACCUUGUAUUCGUCGCUUCGAGAAAGACCCUUCUUUCGAACGAGACCCCAAGUUAUACGGACCUCACAUCGGGCCGAACCCAGAUGCGAUGACUAUUGUUCUUGUUCUUGUUCUUGUUCUUCAGGCUGACCGCGUGACAGGUGUGAUAUAGGGUUCAAUUCAGGGAGACGACAGCGAAAGCCGAGGAGAGUCAUGAGAAAGCGGAUUUUUUUUGUUGCUUACAGUUGGGCUGAAGGACAAGGGAGUGGUUGCACCGUUUGGUUCGCCACUGUUGGAGGUGUUAAAGAAGAUUGCGCAGGAUUUGGGGAUUGAGGAGGAGCCGCGAUGGAUUUUGACGAAAUGGAUGGGCUUCUGUCGUCUUAUAUGACAGUGAACCUUAAAGCUUGAAGCUUGACUGCCAACUUUCGACGUGCAUUGUAUGAUGUAUCAACGUUUCAAAUUUCAACCAUCGCUCGUUUUCUCGUUU